AUGGCGGGGGCUCGGGCGGCGCUGCUACCGCUGCUCCUGCACCUCGGGAGCCUGGCGCUGGCUGCGCGGGGUGGAGAGGUCUCCAGAGAGCAGCCUACGCUCGCUGGUGCCCUGGACCGGCAGCUGCAGGUGCCCUCCCACUCCUUGGUGCCUGGGGAGACCCACCAACAGCAGUGGUGCCCCCUGGAGGAGAGGCUGGGACGGCUGGAGGCAGAGGUGACUGACCUCAGAAAGCAGAACAGGGACCUGCAGGCCAGGGUGGUGCAGCUGGAGUCCUGUGAGUGCUGCUCCGUCUCCCCGCAGUGCUGGGGGCCAGGUCGCACCUGUCCUGAAGGAGCUCGUUGGGAGCCCGAUGCCUGCACAGCCUGCGUGUGCCGUGACGGGACCACGCACUGUGGCCCCCAGCCCGACCUGCCCCACUGCCGCGGCUGUAGCCACAAUGGGAAGUCUUAUGGUCACGGGGAGACCUUCUCCCCAGAUGCCUGUACCACCUGCCGCUGUCUGGCAGGAGCUGUGCAGUGCCAGGGGCCUUCAUGCGCUGAGCUCAACUGUCUGGAGAGCUUCACCCCACCUGGAGAAUGUUGCCCCGUCUGCCGGCCAGGUUGUGAGUACGAAGGGCAGCUUCACCAGGAGGGGACCAGCUUCUUGUCCAGUUCCAACCCAUGCCUCCAGUGCUCCUGCCUGAGGAGCCUGGUCCGAUGUGUGCCUGUGAAGUGCCAGCCAAGCCCCUGCCUCAGUCCAGUCCUGAGGCCUGGACAGUGCUGCCCAACCUGCCAAGCCCCAGGCUGCACAGAAGGUAACUCUCACAGGGACCAUGGCCAAGAGUGGACCCCUCCUGGAGACCCCUGCCGCAUCUGCCAGUGCCUGGAGGGCCGCAUUCAGUGCCGCCAGCGGGAGUGUGCCAGCCUGUGUCCAUACCCUGCCAGGCCCCUUCCUGGCACCUGCUGCCCGGUGUGUGACGGCUGUUUCCUAAAUGGGCGAGAGCACAGCAGUGGGGAGCCCGUUAGUUCCCAGGACCCCUGCUCCAGCUGCCGCUGCACCAAUGGGAGUGUCCAGUGUGAGCCUCUGCCCUGCCCGCCUGCACCCUGCAGAUAUCCGGGCAGGAUUCCUGGGCAGUGCUGCCCUGUCUGUGAUGGCUGUAAAUACCAGGGACAUGAAUAUCGGAGCCAGGAGACCUUCACCCUCCAAGAGAAUGGCCGCUGCCUUCGGUGCGUCUGCCAGGUUGGUGAAGUAUCCUGUGAAGACCAGGACUGCCCGGUCUCUCCCUGUGUCCGCUCUGCCUCCGGCCCCCAGCUCUGCUCCGCCUGUGUGCUCAAUGGUGAGGAGUUUGCUGAGGGGAUCCAGUGGGAGCCAGAUGACCAGCCUUGUACUUCCUGUUCCUGCCAAGACGGAGUGCCAGUGUGCAGGGCUGUCUUUUGUUCCCCGGUACCUUGCCAACAUCCUACCCAGCCACCCGGUGCCUGCUGCCCCAGCUGUGAGAGCUGCACCUACCACGGCCUAGUGUACGCUAACGGGCACAACUUCACAGACGUGGACAGCCCUUGCCACACCUGCUCCUGUGAGGAUGGGACUGUGAGGUGUUCGUUGAUCAAUUGUCCUUCCACAACCUGUGCCAAGCCCCAGAAUGGACCAGGCCAGUGCUGCCCCAAGUGCCCAGACUGCAUCUUGGAGGCACAGGUGUUUGUAGAUGGGGACCGCUUCCCUCAUCCUAGAGACCCCUGCCAGGAGUGCCUGUGUCAGGAUGGCCGGGCUCACUGCCAGCUCCGGGCCUGCCCCAGCGCCCCCUGUGGUCACCCUCUGCCAGGCACCUGCUGCAGGAACGACUGCAAAGGCUGCGCCUUUGGCGGGAAAGAGUACCCCAACGGAGCAGACUUCCCACAUCCCACUGAUCCGUGUCGCCUGUGUCACUGUCUGAGCGGCAAUGUACAGUGCCUGGUGCGACGCUGUCCACCACUGUCCUGUCCGCAGCCGGUCCUCACUCCGGGAGACUGCUGCCCGCAGUGCCCAGACGCCCCUGCUGACUGCCCACAGUCAGGGAAUACGGUCCCCGUCCGCCACCAGGAGCACUUUUUCCAACCUGGAGACCCCUGCAGUCGCUGCCUCUGCCUGGACGGCUCUGUGUCCUGCCAGCGGCUGCCCUGCCCUCCUGCGCCCUGCGCCCACCCGCGCCGGGGCGCCUGUUGCCCCUCUUGUGAUGGCUGCCUGUAUCAGGGGAAGGAGUUUGCCAGUGGGGAGCGCUUUCCAUCCCCGAGUGUCGCGUGCCACGUGUGCCUCUGCUGGGAGGGCAGCGUCAAGUGCGAGCCCAGGGCUUGUGCCCCUGCACAGUGCCCCUUUCCCAGCAGGGAAGACUGCUGCCCUGCCUGUGACAGCUGUGAGUAUCUGGGGGUAUCCUAUCUGAGCAACCAGGAGUUCCCAGACCCCCGCGAAGCCUGCAACCUGUGCACCUGCCUUGAAGGCUUUGUGACGUGCACCCGCCGGCCCUGCGAGCCUCCAGCCUGCAGCCACCCACUCACCGUACCCGAGCACUGCUGUCCAACCUGCCAGGGAUGCCUGUACCACGGGAUCACCGCUGCCCUUGGAGAGACCCUUCCUGACCCUCUUGACCCCACUUGCUCCCUCUGCACCUGUGAGGAAGGCUCUAUGCGAUGUCAAAAGAAGCCAUGCCCUCCGGCUCCCUGCACACACCCUUCUCCAGGCCCCUGCCUCUGCCCCGUUUGUCGCAGCUGCCUCUCUCAGGGCCGGGAGCACGAGGAUGGGGAAGAGUUUGAGGGACCGGAGGGCAGCUGUGAGCGCUGCCGCUGUCAGGCUGGCCAGGUCAGCUGUAAGAGGCUUCAGUGCCCGCCUCUGCCCUGCUUGCUUCAGGUCACAGAACCAGGGACCUGUUGUCCUCGAUGCACAGGCUGCCUGGCUCGUGGGGAGGAGCAUCCUGAAGGGAGUAGCUGGGUGCCGGCGGACAGUCCCUGCUCCUCCUGCAUGUGUCACCAGGGCAUCGUCACUUGUGCUCAAGUCCAGUGUGUCAGCACCUGUGUCUGGCCCCAGCAGGGGCCCAGUGACUGCUGUCCUCCAUGCUCUGGCUGUGAGCAUGAGGGCAGGAAGUAUGAGCCUGGGGAGAGCUUCCAGCCUGGGGCAGACCCGUGUGAAGUGUGCGUCUGCGAGCUGAAGCGUGAGGGGCCUCCCAGCCUUCACUGUCGCCGGCGGCAGUGCCCCAGUCUGGUGGGCUGCCCACCAAGCCAGCUUCUUCCGCCUGACCCUCAGCACUGCUGCCCCUCCUGUGCCCAGGCACUGAGUAACUGCACAGAGGACCUGGUGGGGUCCGAGCUGGUGCCGCCGGACCCCUGCUACACCUGCCAGUGUCAGGAUCUGACAUGGCUCUGUACCCACCGGCCCUGUCCUGAGCUCAACUGUCCCCUGUGGGAGCGCCACACAGCCCCUGGCAGCUGCUGCCCCGUGUGUAAAGACCCUACCCCAUCAUGCCCUCAUGAGGGUCGCUGGGUGGCCUCUGGAAAACAGUGGACAGUGGAUGCCUGCACCAGCUGCUCCUGUGUGGCUGGUACUGUGCACUGCCAGAGUCAGCGCUGUAGGAAGCUCGAAUGUGGCCGGGAUGAGGUCCCUGCCCUGAGUCCUGGCAGCUGCUGUCCCCGCUGUUUGCCCCGCCCGGCUUCCUGCAUGGCCUUCGGAGACCCUCAUUACCGCACCUUCGAUGGCCGCCUGCUGCAUUUCCAGGGCAGCUGCAGCUACGUGCUGGCCAAGGACUGCCACAGCGAGGACUUCAGUGUGCACGUGACUAAUGAUGACCGGGGCCGGAGGGGUGUGGCCUGGACCCAAGAGGUAGCAGUGCUGUUGGGAACCCUGGCUGUGAGGCUGCUGCAGGGCAGGACAGUCAUGGUGGACCAGCACACAGUGACCUUGCCCUUCCUCCGGGAGCCACUGCUGUAUAUUGAACUUCGUGGUCACACUGUGAUCCUGCAUGCCCAGCCUGGGCUCCAGGUGCUGUGGGAUGGGCAAUCCCAGGUGGAGGUGAGAGUUCCCAGCUCCUACCGGGGCCAGACUUGCGGUCUCUGUGGAAACUUCAAUGGCUUUGCCCAGGAUGAUCUGCAGGGUCCGGAUGGGAGGCUCCUGCCCACAGAGGCUGCAUUUGGGAACAGCUGGAAGGUCCCCAAGGGGCUGGGGCCUGGCCGGCCGUGUUCUGCAGGCCGAGAGGUGGACCCGUGCCGGGGAGCGGGCUACCGUGCCAGGCGUGAGGCCAAUGCCCGGUGCGGGAUCCUGAAGACUUCCCCGUUCAGUCAUUGCCAUGCUGUGGUGCCACCAGAGCCCUUCUUUGCUGCCUGUGUGUACGACUUGUGUGCUUGUGGGCCAGGCACCUCAGCUGACACCUGUCUGUGUGAUGCCCUUGAAGCCUACGCUAGCCACUGUCGCCAGGCGGGGGUGACUCCUGACUGGAGGGGUCCCACCCUCUGUGUGGUGGGCUGCCCCGUGGACCGUGGCUUUGUGUUUGAUGAGUGUGGACCACCUUGUCCCCGUACCUGUUUCAACCGGCACAUACCCCUAGGGGAGCUGGCAGCCCACUGUGUGAGGCCCUGUGUUCCAGGCUGCCAGUGUCCUGCAGGCCUGGUGGAACAUGAAGGCCACUGCAUCUUUCCUGAGGCCUGCCCACCAGUCCUGCUUACUGGAGACUAGACAGCUCACAUCCUGUCUGUUCCCAGUCAGGAGUAGCCCCUGGUUCCACCCCAAGUUAAGAAUACCCAUAUCCUGGGCUUGUCUGGCCAGAAGUCACCCCUUGGUGAGCAGCAGUGGAGACUGUCUCGCUCAAGCAAUGGGAUCUUAGGCCUGUUCUCCGGACAUCCACAGUGUCAAAACAAAAGAAUAAACUCUACAC